AUGGAUAAAGAAAAGCCUGAAGCCAGUCCCAGCCCGCCAGAACCUAACACGGAGCUGAUCCCGCGCAGGGAGUUAAAAGGCCGCAAGCCCUCCAAUAAUAUACUGACCUAUUUGAUUGACAGGCAGCUGGGGAGGCCCAGAAAUGAUGUGGAUUUAUUUGAAUGGGUUUGGACCAUUACAUAA